AUGAUGCAGAGCGCAGCUGUCCCCGCGGAGGGGGCUGUCAAGGGGCUCCCGGAGAUGCUUGGUGUGCCGAUGCAACAGAUCCCCCAGUGCGCUGGCUGCAACCAGCACAUCCUGGACAAGUUCAUCCUGAAGGUCCUGGACAGACACUGGCACAGCUCCUGCCUCAAGUGUGCAGACUGCCAGAUGCAGCUGGCUGACAGGUGCUUCUCCAGGGCUGGGAGCGUCUACUGCAAGGAGGACUUCUUCAAGCGCUUCGGCACAAAAUGCACGGCCUGCCAGCAGGGCAUCCCCCCGACCCAGGUGGUCCGCAAGGCGCAGGACUUCGUCUACCACCUGCACUGCUUCGCCUGCAUCAUCUGUAACCGGCAGCUGGCCACGGGGGAUGAGUUCUACCUCAUGGAGGAUGGGCGGCUGGUGUGCAAGGAAGACUACGAGACAGCCAAGCAGAACGAUGACUCAGAGGCAGGAGCUAAGCGGCCCCGGACCACCAUCACAGCCAAGCAGCUGGAGACAUUGAAGAAUGCCUACAAGAACUCUCCCAAGCCUGCCCGGCACGUGAGGGAGCAGCUGUCCUCAGAGACGGGCCUGGACAUGAGGGUCGUACAGGUUUGGUUUCAGAACAGAAGGGCCAAGGAGAAGCGACUGAAGAAGGACGCAGGACGGCACCGCUGGGGACAGUUCUAUAAGAGUGUCAAGAGGAGCCGGGGCGGCAGCAAGCAGGAGAAGGAGAGCUCUGCAGAGGACUGUGGGGUUAGUGACAGUGAGCUGAGCUUCCGAGAGGAUCAAAUUCUCUCAGAACUUGGCCACACCAAUAGGAUUUAUGGCAACGUGGGGGACGUUACAGGCGGACAGUUAAUGAAUGGGAGCUUCUCCAUGGACGGGACAGGACAAUCCUAUCAGGACUUGAGGGAUGGGAGCCCCUAUGGAAUCCCCCAGUCUCCAUCCUCCAUAUCGUCCCUGCCGUCCCACGCUCCUCUGCUCAAUGGGCUGGAUUACACAGUGGACAGUAAUUUGGGCAUCAUUGCGCAUGCAGGGCAGGGAGUGAGCCAGACGCUGAGAGCCAUGGCUGGGGGACCCACCUCUGACAUCUCCACAGGAAGCAGUGUAGGCUAUCCCGACUUUCCAACUAGCCCAGCCUCUUGGCUCGAUGAAAUGGAUCAUCCUCCGUUUUAAACAUCUGUCCUCCCCACCCUACCUGUCCUUCUGGCUUGAGAGAAUAUCUUCAAGGAUCAAAAGAGACUUACCUUUUUAGGAUCAAAUGCGCACCAAUGUGAAUUUCCAUUAUUUUCAAUGGAAGUCCUCUGCUGAUCCCUAGGAGGUCACCGCACUAGGGUGCUGUUCUCCUGGGGAAAUGGUGGGGGAGCAGCCUCCUCUCAGAACAGCACAGGGCGCAGAGCCUAGAGCGCUAGGGUGCUGGCUUAUGCUCCCUCCCCGACCCUGCUUACAGGCUUUGGCUGCUCAGUGCUUGGCAGCAGGAGGCGACUGUGAGGCCACCCUGGCCUUAGGGAACUCUGCUCCAACUGGUAUGUCUCAUGAGAUGCUUCCCACACCAGUGCUCUCGCCAGAACUGAGAUUCUGGUGAUGUCACAGCCCUUAAAUAUAAGAAAAGUGAUUUCUGAACCACCCUUAUCAAACCCUAAUUUUCAAAAUAAAAAAGGUCACUUACUAAAGGUCAGUAGAAACUUUGAUGGCCACAGUUUGAUAGAGACAUGCCCCUCCUUUCUCUUCUGCUGUGAAGAAUGACCUCUUCCCUCUCCAGAGAAUAUCUGUCAGUUUGGGUUUGUGAGCAGUCCCAUCAACAUCACUGAAUCCAUCCCUGAUGGCAAGAAGUGGUUUUCGUUGCAGGUGACUCUGAGGCUGGAGCUGAGUGGCCCUGGACCAUCACAGCGACUGCCCGACGAGUCCCCUUGGAGCACAAUGUGCCUUUUUAAUUUGCUCAUAUCACUUAUUCCACUAGACAGGCUGUGGCUUACACAACGAUCAAAGCUAAAAUAUGGAGAGACCAGAAAGACAAUCAGUGAGAACAUUUGUAGACCCAUUUGGAUUCCAAGCGUGCAGUCCAUUUAGCCAAAUCAGCAGAUGCCAGUCUCCCAGAGUCCCCGCUCCUGCAGGGGAAAUGAUAUUGUGAGUUUGUUUUGAGGUGGUUAGUUUAGAUGAGUUUGCAAGUCCACACCCACCUACAGCCAACCCUCCCUAGCCCUUUAAAAAGGAGAGCUUUCUCUGCUGUGCUAGCUGGCUCAGUUGGAGGACAGUCUUGGCCUCUUCCAAGUACUAGCAAUGCUUUUUGGCUGGGAGCCAUCAUUUAGGGAGCAGCCCUAAAGUUGUCAGAGUUCCAGGUGGUCCUUGGGCUGCAUCUCCCUGGGUUGCUGGCUGGCCUCACACCAGGCCCUGUGGUGCUCCAGCCCUGCACUUGCUCAGAAAGGGGAGCUCUCCAGCCAGUGGCAGUGCAGACUCAGCUUAUGGGUUUCAAUAGCACAUCACCAAGCCCGAGGCAAGGGCAAGGCCAACCCCUGCUUUGUGAGCUGCCAGCCCUGCGACAGACUGCACUUCGGUGGGACAUACCGUGGUGAAGGUGCCGUGGCUCCUACUUAAUGCACCACCCCUCAACCUUGCAGGAGGUUCUCCAUGUGCACACUGGAAAUUAGCCAGGGGAAUUUAUGUGUCCCCUGGGAAAUGGUGGUUUACUUCUCUGGCCUCCUGUUUUCUUAAGAUCAGCAGAGUAGGGAAAGGUAAGAAAGGCAUUACCCUUUUCACGUGAAGUGAUGGGGCCCAAGACCCUAACCACCCUUUCUUUCAUGUCUGUCACGUUUUGAAGGCUGCAAAGAUAUAAGAGCGUGCUAGGUAGACUCAAGGAAGAAAUAAACCUUCCUCCUUGGCUCCUGCAUCUUCUGCAAAUGCCUUCUGAGGACUAAACUACGGGCAGUUAAGCUUCUUCAAACUGUAUAAUCAGUAAAUUCCUGGGGUCAGCCUUCAGGCCACCUUUCCCUGAUCAGUUCUGUAGCGGACCCUUAUUUUCUGACAGGCUGCAAUUGUCGUGAUUUUUGCUUGGGGAGUCCUGCAGAUGCAGGAUUUCUUCUUGAGGCUCCAGGAUUAGGGAUGCCAGAGGGUGAAGCCCAGACAAUUCCCAAUACAGUGAACAGUGGGGAUGGCAAUAAAGACUCACAAGAAAGGCAUGUGCCGCAGUCUUCUGGGAGGACAGGUUCUUGAACAUACUGUUCUCAGCAGGCAGCUCUCAGUGCACAGGAGGACUGUGUUGGGCAAUGAACCAGUUAAAGACUGUCCCCCCCAGACCACUGUCGCAGCUCCGUUACUUGGCGUAGGAGCUCCUGGGAUCUCAAGGUACUGCCUGCUUUUGGUGGUUACCAGAGGCAGCAGACUCAAGGAACAUGGCCCUCUGGGUAGCACUGUUUCUUUAAGAUCAGUUGAGCAGUUUUUGUUUUGUAUGCAAGUUAAUCAAGCUCAUGCCUUAUUCAAUGGUUGGAGAACGUGCUAAUAACAGUCUCCUGAGAACUCAGUGAGCGGGGCAGCUGGUGUUGGUGGGCUGCUUUGGUGUUGGUGGGGCUGGCUAGCUAUACUGGCCUCAAAGCUGGGAGAGCUGAGUUCCCCAGAGCCUCCUCCCAGAGAGCAGCAAACACUGGCGCUCCGUGUAGAAGCACAGCCAGGCCAGGCCUCAGAUUCUAAGUGGCUCUCCUUGCAAGUGCAGUUAGCAUUCUAGAGGACUGGUGCCACCAGUGAGCCACUGUGUGCCAAGACUGUUCCUUGGCUCUUCUGUGGCUGGAGAUGGUGAGCACACACUGUACCUUGAGAGCUUCCUCCAUUGCUCAGCGGUCUGUGACUGAGGUAUAAGGUGCCUCCUGGGAGCUGCUUUCUCCCUUGCUAAAGUGACAUGGACACAUCUGAAAAAUGAAACAAGACCUUCUAGAGCAAUUUACAUCAUUUGAAUCUGUCUGUGGCUCUAAGAGAGCAAUUACAAGUAGCAACAUUCAUCUGAGCACCUGGCUGAUAGACCUUGGGAUAGGAGGUUUCUGAAUUCAGGAGCAAAAUAAUAAUUAAAAACCCAGCAACACCUAAGCUUCCAGUAGUAGCUGGUAUAAGCAAAAAUGGGACACACGGGGCUAUGGAAGAAUCUCUAUUUUCAAAGAGAAAUAAAACCACAGAAGAAAUCCCGAUGCAAAGCUAAGCCAGCCCACCUGUUAAAUCACAUUAUUGGGAAGACUGGUCCUGGACCUUUCAGGGACUUGCUGUGCCACCUGAGGCAAACUCCUUUCUGUCUCUGUGCUUUCUUUUUCUCGCCUCAGCUAAUAGUUAAAGAAUAUAAUAGAAAGUGCAAAUCAACUACCAUAUUGAUAAUAUUAUUCCUGCAAAUUAAUACAGUGAAAUGUCAGGGAAAGAGGACAAAAUUAAGACAUAAGAAAAGCAUUUAGCCCUAGCCAGUUUGGCUCAGUGGAUAGAGUGCUGACCUGCGGACUGAAGGGUCCGGGUUUGAUUCCGGUCAAGGGCACGUACCUUGGUUGCAGGCUUGGUCGCAUG